AUGGUCCGCCCACCGCCGCCUCCCUGUGUGCCGUUCCAGCUCCAAGCGCCGCCACAGUCUCAAGCACCGGUGGGCCUCCUGCCGGCAUGGACCGCGGCUCCUGUACCUAGCCCGUCUCCUCGGUCACCAGUGUGGUCUGAGUCGCCUUCAUUGCAGGAAGAGCAGGACCAGGAUGUGUUCUCUUCCUCGUUCGACUUCCCGCUGCGAUCAGCAUGCACGGACGACGGUGCCCCUCCGUGCUCGUACGCCUUCCCGACAAGGCCGGAGACGCCGCCAUCCAUCCCGCGGCGCUUGAGCCUGCCGGAAACCCCGGCACGCGCUCGUGCGCUUUCUAGUCCUUAUGCGGUGAGCCCGCGGGUGACGAGGCGCAGAGUUGAGCGUCUGCACCUAUUCUCCGCCGAGUCCCCUUGA